CAGUUAAGUGUAUCUUGUCAAAAUUUAGACAAUACAUAACCUAUAAUUUUUAAUAGAAAAACUAAAACGAACGAUAUAGUGUAAAAACAUAAAAAUGAGGUUAAAUACCUUACUAUUUUCGGCACCAUUUAAUAAGUCAGCCAGAGCACCGCAAAAAGAACCUGUGCCGUUUCAAAUGCUUUUACCACUCAAGCUGAAGAAAACUGUAUCAGGGAAAGGAGAUAAUCUAAAAGAAGCAGCCUGCAUGCAAGAGAUUUCAUUAAUGUUUGCGUGCUUUAAGAAACAUGACUUCGAUCAACAAGAAUGUAUGAAAGAAAUAACCGCUUUUCAAGGCUGUUACCGUGACUUUAGCCAAAAACUUGCGACUCAAAGAGAGCAAGGGAAAAAAGGUAUUUUAGUUCCUGGAGAAAAAAAGUUAACACACAGACAGUUGAAUCAACUACUUAAAGCGUUUCCACCAAAAAAAUAGUAUGUAAUCCUUACUGUUUUGCUAAUAGUUUUAAAAUAGUA